AGCUUCUUCUUCUACUUCUUCUAUGGCGCUAAAGCGUCCUCUUUCUUCUACGUAAUGGCGUUUGAGUUGGUUUCUCAGUUUCUGUCUCUUCUAUAACGUCUCUUCCUCUCUAAAACUACCUUUUUUUUGUCGGGCUUUUCUUCUCCGUCUUCGGCUAUGGCGUUUCCCGCCUUUUUGCUUCGUUUCUUCCCGUUCCUGUUUCUGAUCUUCUCUGCCUUGGCCACCGUGGAUGAAAUAAGCUCAGAAAUACACGCCCUUGUUUCGUUCAAACUGUCGCUUGAGAACCCGCAAGUCCUUUCCGCAUGGAACACGACGGCUCCAGUGUCUUCUCACUGCGACUGGGUCGGCGUUACGUGUCGUUUCGGGCGAGUCGACUCGCUCUCGCUCCCCGCAAUGUUUCUCAGAGGCCGUCUUUCUCCUUCUCUGUUCUCCCUUCGGUUUCUUGCAGUUCUCGACUUGUCAGAGAAUUCUCUCUCCGGUAAGAUUCCGCCGGGGAUUUCCAGGUUGAAGGAUCUGAAACAGCUCUCUCUGGGCGGAAACCGGUUCUCCGGGGAGAUUCCAGCUGAAAUCGGUGUGUUGACACAGCUCGAAUCGCUUCAACUCGGACCCAAUCUUCUCUCCGGCAAAAUCCCUCCGGAGCUCGGGAGACUGAAACGGCUUCAGACCCUCGAUCUCUCCGGCAACGCACUGACAGGAACAUUCCCGAGUCGACUCGGUGAGAUGACUCAGCUGCUGUAUCUGGACCUAAGCGACAACUAUUUCUCAGGUUCCCUUCCCCCGGCUCUCUUCUCCAGCUUUCCGGAGUUGUCCUCCCUUGAUAUAUCGAACAACUCAUUUUCCGGUAAAAUCCCUCCGGAAAUCGGAAAACUGAGCAACCUUUCGGAUCUUUACAUGGGCAUGAACAUGUUUUCCGGGACGAUCCCGCCGGACAUUGGUAACCUCUCGUCGCUCGAGAAUUUUCUCGCCCCCUCAUGCUCCAUAACCGGACCACUGCCCAACGAGCUGUCUGAGCUCCACAACUUGACAAAACUCGACCUUUCCCACAACCCAUUGAAGUGUUCGAUCCCAAAAUCCAUCGGGAAGUUGCAGAAUCUGAGCAUCCUGAAUCUGGUCUACGCCGAGAUUAAUGGGUCGAUUCCGCCGGAGCUCGGGAACUGCAAGAAACUGAAGACACUGAUGCUUUCUUUCAAUUCUCUGUCUGGGUCACUGCCAUUUGAGCUAUCAGAGAUUCCUCUGCUAACAUUUUCAGCAGAAAAGAAUCAGCUUUCAGGUCCAUUACCCUCUUGGAUCGGCAAAUGGAAGGAGCUGGACUCGCUUCUGCUGGCGAGCAAUCGGUUUACAGGGGAAAUUCCUCGUGAGCUUGGGGACUCUCCAAUGCUGAAGCAUCUCAGUUUGAGUAACAACUUGCUAACUGGAACCAUCCCAGGGGAGCUCUGUGAUUCGGGUUCGUUGUUGGACAUUGAUCUUGCCGGGAACUUCCUGUCGGGAAACAUCGAGGACGUCUUUGUGGGGUGUAAGAAACUCACUCAGUUGAUUCUUGUGAAUAAUCAGAUAAAUGGUUCCAUACCUGAGUAUCUUUCUCAGCUUCCAUUGAUGGCACUUGACUUGGACACUAACAACUUCACCGGAGAAAUUCCCCUGAACCUCUGGAAAUCAGAGAACUUGAUGGAGUUUUCGGCUUCUUACAAUCAUCUAGAAGGUCAUUUGCCAGCAGAGAUUGGGAGUGCAGUUUCACUGGAGCGACUUGUUCUCAGUAAUAAUCGGCUGAAGGGCGAAAUUCCUAGAGAGAUUGGAAAGCUUACGUCUUUGUCAUUCCUGAACCUGAAUUCAAACAUUUUGGGAGGGAAGAUGCCAAUCGAGCUUGGGAAUUGUUCUUCACUGACUACCUUGGACCUUGGCAACAACAAUCUUGAUGGGUCGAUUCCAGAUGAAAUCACCGGUCUGUCUCAGCUACAGUGCUUGGUUCUCUCCCACAAUAAUCUGUCUGGACCGAUUCCAUCGAAGCCUUCCACUUAUUUCCGUCAGACCGAUAUGCCUGAUCUGAUCUUUGUUCAGCACCAUGGAGUGUUUGAUCUCUCGUACAACAGGUUAACUGGCCAUAUACCUCAGGAACUUGGUGACUGUGUGGUUGCGGUGGGUAUUCUGCUUAACAACAAUCAGCUUUCUGGGGAGAUUCCGACAUCCCUCUCUCGUUUGAUGAAUCUCACAACUUUGGAUCUGUCUGGAAAUGCCCUUACCGGCUCUAUCCCAGAGGAGAUCGGUAACACUCCUCAACUGCAGGGCUUGAACUUGGGGAACAAUCGACUCGCUGGCUAUAUACCCCAAAGCUUUGGCCUUUUGAGUAGCUUAGUGAAGCUGAACUUAACCGGGAAUAAGCUGGAUGGAUCGGUUCCCGCUUCUCUUGGGAAUUUGAAAGAGCUUACCCACUUAGACUUGAGCCGAAACGAGCUAAGUGGUGAGCUCCCUUUAGCCUUGUCUGAGAUGCUCAACCUUGUGGGAAUUUAUGUUCAGCAGAACAGGUUUUCGGGUGGUAUAGACAAGCUCUUCUCUGGAUCCUUUGCUUGGAAAGUUGAGAGUAUGAACUUCAGCAACAAUCUCUUCGAGGGUAGUUUACCGACGUCAUUGGAAAACUUGUCUUAUCUGACAUAUCUGGAUCUCCAUGGGAAUAAGUUCGAAGGAGAAUUCUCUUCCGAUUUUGGCAAUCUUAUGCAGCUAGAGUACCUGGACGUUUCUCGGAACAGGCUAUCUGGACAGAUACCAGACAAGAUUUGUGCUUUGCCAAAUCUGCAUUUCCUGAGGUUUUCGGACAACAUGUUCAAAGGGGAUGUGCCCAGCAGCGGCAUUUGCAAGAAUCUGACAAAGAUUUCGUUUUCGGGGAACAAAGGCUUGUGUGGAAGAAUAACCGGAUUGCAAUGCAAGAUCAGAGACCGAACAAACUUGCCAAACUCUUGGGGGCUUGCAGGAAUUGUGAUCGGGAGCAUAUUCCUCGUCUCUGCAACUGUUCUUUCUCUUCGAAGAUGGGCGGUAAAAAACUCGAGGCACAGAAAUACCGAGAGAGCUGAGGAACGAAAACUGAAAAGCUACAUUGACCCGAACCUCUACUUCCUGAGCAGCGGCAGCAGAUCAAAGGAGCCCUUAAGCAUUAACGUGGCUACAUUCGAGCAGCCACUUCUCAAGCUGAGCCUUUCAGACAUUCUCGUGGCGACAGAAAACUUCUGCAAGAAGAACAUCAUAGGAGAUGGCGGCUUCGGAACUGUGUACAAAGCGUCGUUACCCAGUGGUAAAACGGUGGCAGUGAAGAAGCUGAGCGAGGCAAAAACGCAGGGAAGUCGAGAAUUCGUUGCGGAAAUGGAGACACUGGGCAAAGUGAAGCAUCCCAAUCUGGUUUCUUUGAUGGGUUACUGCUCUUUUGGGGAAGAAAAGCUUCUGGUAUACGAAUACAUGGUGAAUGGAAGCUUGGACCACUGGUUAAGGAACCAGACAGGGAUUCUCGAGGUUCUGGACUGGUCCAAACGUCUGAAAAUCGCGACGGGGGCUGCCUGCGGGAUUGCGUUUCUCCACCAUGGAUUCAUCCCUCACAUCAUACACCGAGACAUCAAAGCCAGCAACAUUCUCCUGGACGAGGAGUUCGAGCCAAAGGUUGCGGAUUUCGGGCUUGCCAGACUGAUCAGCGCGUGCGAGAGCCAUGUCAGCACGGACAUAGCCGGGACAUUCGGGUAUAUCCCGCCGGAGUACGGACAGAGCGGCCGGGCCACGGCCAAGGGAGAUGUGUACAGCUUCGGGGUGAUAUUGGUCGAGCUGGUGACGGGGAAGGAGCCGACGGGGCCUGAGUUCAAGGAGAGUGAAGGGGGGAACUUGGUUGGAUGGGUGUUUCGGAAAAUCAGACAGGGGAAUGGUGCGGAGGUUCUGGACCCGCUGGUUCUGACGGCGGAAUCGAAGCCGUCGAUGCUCAGGGUGCUGAAGAUAGCCGUGCUUUGCCUUGCGGAGGCGCCGUCAGGUCGGCCCACCAUGCUCGACGUGUUGAAGGUCCUGCAGAGGGAGGGGUGUGUUUAGGGUUUUACGCGUGGUGAGGGGGUUUCUUGCUGUUCACGUAACUGCUAACAAAAGAAAAGUAGUGUUAGGGUUUGUAGAACUAAUGGUGCGGUCCCACUUUCCAAGUUAAAUCUUU